AUGGCAGCAGCUCAGAAACUUUACCCACGAGGAACAGUCAAGCGCAUUGUCAAAGCCCACUCCAAUCGGAGUGUGAGCAAGAAUGCCGACAUCCUGAUCUUUUUAGACUACAUGUUGUUCAUGCAAGAGUUAAUGCGCGAGGCAUCGAUUCAAUCGCGCAAGUCUGGAGAGAAGAAUAUCUCAGCGAAUACCGUGCGCAAAGUUACCGAGGUGCGUUUGAAGUCGAUCUACGAGCUUCCCCAGAAGACUCGUGAGAACCAACAGCUGACAAAGUCUGCCCCAAAGCCAGUGGGCCACACCGACCAAGAAAGGGUUCCCGACCCGCAUGUUGAUUCUUCCUUCAUAACACCCAUCUUUGCUUCAACGUUAUCACGUUUAAUUCUUCAUUCCACUCCUGUACAAGCUUUUCGGAAAUAUUUUAAUAUCUGUGUUACCCACAUUCCCAUCAUGCCUUCCGCUUCCGCUACCCAGAAGCUCAAGGAGGAGAAGGGCUCCCGAGCUUCAAGCGUCUCCAAGGAUCCUGAGAGUCCUAGCUCUGAUCUUCAAGAAAGUAGCUAUCUCAAGGAGCUGCAGAAGACACUUCGCAAUGCCGUGAAGAAGUUGAACUCCUUUGCCAAAGUCGACGCCAUCAUCGCCGAAAACCCCAACAAGUCGCUUGAUGAACUGAUUGAGGAGAAGAAAAUCAACAACGACCAAAAGGCCCAGGUCCUUAAGAAGCCUACUAUUCAGGCUAUCAUUGCCCAGGCUGAGGAGCAGAUUGGUCACUACAAGCAAUUCGCUGCCCAAUACGAGGACCGUCUGGUUGCCCAGAAGGCUGAGCUUGUCAAGGCGCAUGAGGCAGAGCUCGAAGCUGUCCGUAAUAAUGCCAUUGCCGAUGCAACUGAGGCUUCCAAGAAAGCACUACACCAGCAGUUUUAUACCGUGACUAAAUUCUUGUGCGCUGCGGCCAUCCUUCGACGUGACGGUGAUGCCGUCACCACUGAGAGCCGGGCUUUCGAGGGUGUUCUGUUCGAGGUGUAUGCUGGCAACCAGUCUGCAGUCAAUUCGCUGCUGAAGAUUGCUGAGGGUGCCGAUGAGAAGGUCAAUGCUGUUGAGGGGACCACUCUUGAUUUUACCUAUGGCGACGUGAAGCAAGCAUCUGACAAGUUCGCUCCUCCCGAAGAGACUACCGAGGUUGCAUCAGAGGCAACCCCCACAACCGACCCUACGACCGACCCUACCGUGGCCAACGCUGGACUGACCGAGCUCCAAGAUACCUCUUUCGGCACUCAGGCUGAGCCCGCAGCUUCCCAAGUUGAUCAGCUGGCCCCUCCUGCGCAGACUCUGGUUUCUGAUGCUGGAAACUCUAUUGCGGAGCAAACCUGGGCUCCUACUUCCGAUGAGAGCAGCGAAUGGGUCAAGCUUCCUCGCAACCCUGAUGAGACCGACACUGGCCUCCAGGCUACUCCCGCUAGUGCUGAUGCGGGCUUGAACAAUGGUUCCGUUGGCGCUGAUAUUUCGACUCAGGGCGAGAAUGGUGCCAAGACUGGUGGACGCCGCCGCCACGGACAGCGUGGUGGCCGCGGCCGAAAUGACGCUAAGCGUGCUGGUGAGGGCCGUGGUGGUGAGGGCCGUGGUGAAGGUCGUGCUGGUGAAGGUCGUGCUGGUGAAGGCCGUGGUGGUGAAGGCCGCGCUGGCGAAGGUCGCGCUGGCGAGGGCCGUGUCGGUGAGGGCCGUGGACGCGGUGGACGACGUGGCGGUCGUGGCGGACGUGGUCGAGGCAGCGCAAGCGGCCCUGCCUCUGGCUCGGCGGAAGCCCCUGCUUCCAGCGAGUAA